AUGUUGAGGUCAUAUGCAGAUGAAUUACUUGCUUCAAACCCUGGCUCUACCAUAAACAUUGGUGUUACAAGGAAUCUAGAUGGGAAGAGUUAUUUUGAUAGGAUGUACAUUUGUCUCAAGGGAUUGAAAGAAGGUUGGAAAAGAGGUUGCAGGAAGGUUAUUGCAUUAGAUGGAUGCUUCAUGAAGAGUCCAGCAACAGGAGAGCUUCUUACUGCAAUUGGAAGAGAUGGAAACAACCACAUCUAUCCAAUUGCAUGGGCUUUGGUUAGUGUUGAGAAUAAAAAUAAUUUGACUUGGUUCUUGGAGUUGCUAUCUGGUGAUCUGGACAUUGAAUGUGGGGUUGGCAUCAAAGUCAUCUCUGAUCAGCAUAAGGGAUUGAUAGAAGCAGUGAAAGACAUGUUACCCUAUGCAGAGCAUAGGCAAUGUGCAAGACACAUCUAUGAGGGGUUUAGAAAAAGAUAUAGUGGUGUGUUGUUUAGGUCCAUGUUCUGGUCAGCCUCUAAGGCUAGUUACCCACAACUGUUUGAAAAGGUUAUGAAGGAUAUUAAGAGUACAGACCCUAGAGCUUAUGAUUAUCUGAUGGACAAGAACCCAAAAAGCUGGUCUAGAGCAUUUUUCAAAUUGAAUAGGGCUUGUGAUAGUGUAGAGAAUGGUUUUAGUGAAUGCUUCAACUCUGUCAUAUUAUCAGUGAGGAAUAAGCCAAUCAUAACAAUGUUUGAGGCAAUAAGAUCCAUCAUAAUGGAGAGGCAAGAUGUGAUGAGGAUAUUAUGUUUGAGAUGGAAGACUGACAUAUCUCCUUCAAUUCAAAACAGAAUUGAGUGGGCCAAGGACCAACAAAGGUUUUGGAAAUCUUUUCAUGCUGGGAACUCUCAUUGGGAAGUGAGACAAUUGUAUGAGGCAUUUAAGGUAAAUGUGGAUGAAAAAACAUGUAGCUGCAGAAUGUGGGGACUUUCUGGUAUCCCAUGCCCACAUGCUUGUGCAGUUAUAUUCAAGAUCAACAAGAGACCUGAAAACUAUGUUCCUGGUUAG